AUGCACGAGGAGGCUACGACCCUCAGCCGCAGGGCGAGGCCUGGGGGGCGCAUGGGGGACGCCACGCCCGCCCCGGGAAACUGCACAGGCAUGUGUGUGCAAGUGCAGCCACCCCUGCAGGGCACCUUCCAAGUACUUCGUGGGAACGGUACUUCUGUGGGGACUGUCAUCGUGUUCCACUGCCCCUCGGGCCACCAGAUGGUGGGGUCUGGCCUCCUCACCUGUGUCUGGAAGGGGAGCAUUGCUGAGUGGUCUUCAGAGACCCCCAUGUGCAAGACUGUGCCUCUCUAUGAAACCUUCGGCUUCAAGGUGGCCGUGAUCUCCUCCAUCGUCAGCUGUGCCAUCAUCAUGAUCAUGUCCAUGGCCUUCCUCACCUGCUGCCUCAUGAAGUGUGUGAAGAGGAGUGAGCAGCGGCGAUCCAACAGGGCGGCCCAGCUGUGGUUCCAGCUGAGAGGCGAGGACUUAGAGACAGUACAGGCCGCCUGCCUCGGCCUCAAGGGCCUCAACAACAAACGCAGCAUCAGUGGCGAGUCCAGGAUCCAGCCCAUCCAGGCUCACGACAACCACAGCUUCACCACAGACCUUGGCGAGGGGACCAGAGAGCUGGCCAGCAUGGCCCGAGGCAUUGACAAGGACCCCUGGACCCCCAGUGGCCCCACCAGCUCACCACGUGCCCAGGUGAUGGUGCAUACAGCGAACCCAGGGCAGAUGCUGCCUGCCUCCAGGCCAACUGUGGGAAUGCUCAGACAGCCUGCAGCCUAUGUCCCAGGGUGA